AUGAAGGACAUUUACAAGGAUGAAGAACUUGCUGUGCCCGAAGGCGUCAAGGUCAGCAUCCGAGCUCGAACAGUGACUGUCGAGGGUCCCAAGGGUACCUUAUGCAAACAUGUCAAGCAUAUCAAUAUGGACUUGAAGCUCAUCUCUGGCCCUAAAGGCUACAUUGUCAAAUUUAUCGUUUGGCACGGGGGUCGCAAGCACGUUGCUUGCUUGAGAACUGUCAAAUCAAUGGUCGAAAACAUGAUUAUCGGUGUGACCAAAGGUUUCCUUUACAAGAUGCGAUCGGUCUACGCUCAUUUCCCGAUCAACAUUAUUAUCUCCGAUGACGCCAAAUCGCUGGAAAUCCGAAACUUCUUGGGUGAAAAGCGUGUCCGACACGUACCCAUGUUGGAAGGCGUCACUGUCGUUGAAAGCAAGGCCCAGAAGGACGAAAUCACCAUCCAAGGUCUUGACAUUGAGAAGGUUUCCCAAUCGGCCGCUUCCAUUCACACUUCAUGCCUGGUCAAAAAUAAAGAUAUCCGAAAGUUCCUUGACGGUGUCUACGUUUCAGAGCGAACAACCAUCGACAAGGACGAGUAA